AUGCGUCACUUCUCUCUCCUUCUUCUCGUCAAUGCUUUCUUGAUUGUCGCCGCCGAUGACAAGUUCAUCUUCGAUGUAACAUUCAAUUGCGGUUACCACCAGCGAGAAUCGUACAACUACAAUGUGCAGUUCGUCGAAUGGGAUUUCAGCAGCCCGAACGAUCAGCUCACCCAGCAAAAGAUCGGAAUCGCCCGCCCGGGAGCCUCGAUCUUUCAAAUGGAAGGCUCGCUGAAUGGAGACGAAAUUUUCUCGAGUGUUCGUUUAAUGCAACCUCAAAACAACUACAAAAUUGAGUUUCAGGGCUACGAAGUCGGAAUGAAGCUGUUCCAUGACUGCACCGAAUACGAGAAGCAGUACGAAGCCACGAUUUGGCUGAAACCGCUCUGUGAGAUCGGCAAGGGAAUGUGCCACUACACGAUCGACAAGGACAUCAAGGACCUCAGAGACACGUCGACCUACGAGGCGAAAUUGUCCUACCAGUAA